CAAGGAAGACGCUGGAGUGACUUUACCGCAAGACAGUGGCAAGAUACAGCAAAGAUGAUGUAUUGCCCACCCAACAUUACUUUCGACCACAUAUGGGUUAACCAUGGCAUAUCCCACUGUUUCCUGGAUACUGUCACUUCUGCAGUCUAUGCCCUAUUCAUCAUCGUCUUUGGGGGAGGGCAGUGGCUCAUGUACCGCAAGUAUGCCACCAUGACAGAUCAGUACCUGCGGCCAAAGUCUGUGCUCUUUGGGAUCCAAGUCGCGUUAACAAUUCUCAUGGUUUUCAUCGCUACAGCAAGGCUUAUUCUACAAGCCACAAUUAUAGGUGAUCGCACUCUCUAUGGGUAUAUGAUUGUAUACCACAUAUGCAACUUGGUGUGCUGGCCAUUGUCACUAAGAAUAAUCUUCCUGGAGCGCAACUAUCUCCUACCCACUGUGCCCACAAGAGGACAUGGUGUUGUGCUUCUCAUUUAUUGGACUCUUGUUUUCGUCAGUGAGAAUCUUGCAUUCCUCAAUUUACGGAAUGAAGAUUGGUGGUUCGACCUGACCACGAUAACAGACAAGUUGGAAUUCAUUCUCUUCAUUCUCCGAUAUGUGGGUGGCUGCCUGCUCUUCAUCUUGGGUCUGAAAGCACCAGGAAUCUCUACCCUUCGCGACUAUGUUAACUUUGGGGGAACAAUCAAUAACCAAGAGGACCAGGAUGUAAGUGACGAUGAGCUGAGACAUUGAUUGGACAGUCAGUUAGGUUUGCUCUUAGUACAGUUACUUCACAAUGUAGUAGUUAGUUCAGAUAUUUUACAUGUGCCUUUUGGACAAGUUUUACAAGACUGGUGAUACCUUGUCAUCAGCGGAUGAUACAGAGAAGUGAAGGUGGUUUGUGCUGCAAUAUUACUCAAAACAGGAAAAGAAAAAUAUGCUAUGCUUUUUUGCUAAUCUCUUUUUUGUCCUGAUGUUCUUUGGGGUCUAACUACCAAAGGUAUUUGUGUGCAUGUUUCUUAUAUCCCAUUUUUUAAUGAGUCCUCUUACCUGUGCAUGAUUAGAUAGUGUUUUCAUUGUGAAGAAACUGAAAAAAUGCAAUGCUGCUAUAUAUAUUUGAUAUAUAUUUGUGUGUGUGUGUGUGUGUGCGUGUGCGUGUGCGUGUGCGU